AUGUACGAAUCGUGGUUUACAUAUCCGCUCACUAGACCCUAUCCUUUUCGGUGGUUCACUCCAGUCGUAAUAGUGGGAGGUGUUGCUCUCGCUAUACUGUUCUCAUUCGUCAAUAUAGCUUCGAAUGGACACUUUCUGAAGCCCGUAUAUACCGAAAACCCGAAUACCACCCUAGCCUCAAGUCUGCGGUGGUAUAUGAAACCUCCUUUCAACUGGGAUACAACGUUCAAGGCACAGUGCCAGUCAAGCAUUAUUUCUGUUGGUGAUAGGCUCUUUAGUUCUUCCCUGGGGCUCCAGUAUGAAGUCCAAUCUGUUGUCAGGGAAAGUGACCAACUCACGUUGCCAUCUGUUGCCUACUUGAAUAAUCCACUUGAAGAUUGCUUUCUCCAGAGCUCGGCGCUCGAGCUUCAGAAAGUUGAUAGGGCGAAGCAACCUUCUUGGUGGAUGUCUUGGACAACAUCCAAAGCAUCAGCCUUGGCGUCCUGUAGGAUCACAACAGAUCAAGGAGGUGUCAACCUCACGCUCGCACUACAGUUUACUGGCGGCGAAGUGUCUAUUAUUAAUAAUAAUACCUCCACGCAUGCCAGUACUUGGUGGGGCCAGAUGCUGAUCAGGAAUUACUUUUGGGGUGUUGUGCUCCUAAUGUCCCAGAUAGACAUUCCUGAAGGAGUUGGAGAUUACAUCUCGAUUGGGCGAAUCAAUUAUAUAAGAAAUCAAUCUGAGACGGACGACAAUCAUUGGUUUGUUUCGGAUGCCUCCUCCAUCAUUAACACUGAGCAAGAUAUUUUCAUACCCGUGAAGGACGAAGGGCGCCAUUAUACUAGGCUUCUACAAUCCCUAGCAUCAUUAGAUAUGGGCAACUGCCAGUCUCCCAAUCUUCUUCUAGACCAGGAGAAUCUAAAAUAUGCCAUCAUUGAUUUGAACAGUACGAGUCGGAGACCAGGCGGGCUUCUUUACGACAAGGCGGAGGAUAUGCUUAAUCCCACUCGAGCGGUGCAGAUUGGUUAUCCCGACAACCCAGACGAACUGAUAUUUCUCAGCGAGGCAUACGACAAGAUAUCUCCCAAAAUGGGAGGUCUUGAGUGCAGCAAUGCAACCAUUGUGAAGCAAUACCUGUGCUCGGUCCCCCAUCAAAAAGCCACCGGCACGAUGCUGGUAUCCAUCCUGUUGACAAACUUAGUCUUCCUGCAAGCGGCAUGGAAGCUUCUGAACCUGAUCUCUGAAGGUAUCAUGUGGAAAACAGGAUCUCGUGUGGAUAUUUGUCAGGGCUGUAUGAACAGGGGUUACCGGGAUGUUCAACCAGAUGGGCUAGAACUAUGCGACAUGCCAAUGGCUGGGGAAAGAAAUACAACGUUACCUGGGGAUGAAAGCUCGCAGAACUUGUUACAAGAUCGAGAGGGGGAGAACACCAAGCCCACCUCUGUAGUAUCCGUUGUUUAG